AUGGAAACCCUAGAGGAUGAAACAUUGGAGCAAGUGCAAGACAUACAGUCAGCAAUCGAGUCAACCCAAGAUAUAAACUCGUUGCGGAACCUCGAUGAAGUGGAAGGGAUCCUGGGCUACGAGUUUAACAACAAACUGUUGUUAGAAGAAGCUUUCACACAUGCUUCGCCGAGAGGCUUCUCCAACGAGCGGUUAGAGUACGCAGGUGACUCCGUUCUUAACCUACUCUUCACCAAAGAGCAGUAUUUUGAAUACCCUGAUUUGCCGCCGGGAGCUUUGACCAGGCUCCGAGCAGCUAAUGUCAACACCGAGAAAUUGGCUCGUGUCGCUGUUAAACAUGGGCUACAUCGCUUUCUGCGUCACAAGAAACCUCUUCAUGAGGAGCAAAUUCGACAAUUUUCUAGAGAAAUACAGUGCUAUCCUUUGCAUUCCAAUGGACUGAUUGACGUGCCAAAGGCGUUAGCCGAUCUUGUUGAAUCCACCAUCGGGGCCGUUUUCAUUGACAGCAAUUCCUCCAUUGAUACUGUGUGGAAGGUGUUCAAGGAUUUGUUGGAGCCCAUAAUCAGGCGAGAGACACUGGAGAUACACCCAGUGACCCAGCUGUACGAAGUGUGCCAGAAGAGAAAUUUGAAAGUGAAAUUCGUAGAUUUAUGGAAAGAAAGCACAGCUUUCGAUGUGUUCAUAGAUGACCAACUUGUGGGAAGAGGUGCAUGUGGGCUCAAAAAGGAAAUUGCACAUAACAGGGCUGCCAAGGAUGCAUUGGACAAUAUUUGGAGAAUCUUGGAUCAAAAGGAUAAUAGUAUUGCUGAAGAAACAAACUCUUUGACAUGA